CGGCAGGUCCCCAAAAUCCAAUCCACCAUCAAAAAUUUGCCAAAAACGCCGUUAGAAGCUAAGCAAUGAGCCAAACGCCGUUAGAAGUUUCCAAGCAAUGCUUCCCAAGCUGAGCCGCAACACUUUUUCGCACCAACCACCAUGAAGCCUUUAAAACCACCCACUCCCACCAGCAGCAUGACGGCUGCUGCCAAGAAGAAACAACAGCAGCAACAGCAGCAGCAUCGAAACUACAUUGAAACCUUUGAUGUGUGGACCGAAGAAAAACAGGAAAGCGACCCCUGGUCCGCCACCUCGUGGACCACGUCCACACCCACAUCGCAACUGUCGUUGGAUUUGAUGAUGUUUCCCGAUGUCGAUACAUCCUUUGAUUCACUCCAAUUCUCGGCCGAAUCACCACCGGAAUUCGGAUACAAUCCAUUCUCCAAAAAUGGAAGCAAACCCGCCAUGGUCAUGGCACCCAAACCGGAACUCUUUCCGUCGGACCCCAUGGCCACACUCGGUGGCUUGUCGUCGUCCUUGAACAAAACUAGUAUAAUGACAAACACCACCACCACCACCACGACGGACAAGGAUGCCACGGUGCGAGUGUCCAUUCGAGAAGAAUUCUCCACCAUCUAUGAUGAUGCGGGAAGUACGCCCAGUUGUUGUCUGGAGGGAUCCAUCUACGUCCAACCACUUUCUAUUUCCUUUGACACCCAAAAACAGUUCUCUUUGGUGGUCAAGGACAGCCACGGAUACGUGGAAAACUUGCAAAGCGUGCAAACGGUAUCCACCAAUAUUUCCACACCCGCCCAUCGGGAAGGAGGAGAAACAGUCUUUCGAGUCAAGUUGCCAAAACAGUCAUCGGCGGUAGAAGUACCCGUAGCUAGUUAUACCUGCAAUCCACAACUACGACCCAUCCCCAUGCUCGUCAAGAGCCGCGUCCAGGUUACGGAUGAUGUCAGCCGAGUAGGAUUCAAAGUAAGAGCCAAUCCAUCCAACACGGAACCUCUCAACCAAAUGGUCAUUCUAGUCGCAGUACCACCCUUUGUGCAAGGGGAAACAGUCAAAAUGUCGAGAAAGGGAGGUAUCUGGGAUGAAAUGAAACGAACCAUUUGUUGGACCAUUGACAAAUUGGAACCGGGUGAGGUCUUGGAAAUACAAGCACAGUUUCAAUCCGGCAAUUUGCAAAACUUGGCACAAGUGGAUCUACAGUUUCCCGUGCUCGUAAGAGCCGAUGUACCAAGGUUGUUUAGUGGGAUUGGCAUUGCCACACGAUACGAUGAUGAAGCGGGAGCAGAAAAAAAGGAAGAGCCAAUCCAACAUGCAUUGUCCCAAUGCACUCGAAUACUGCAUCGAAAGGUGUGAUGCAACACAAGAGCAGUAUGAUUUGUAAAAGUAGGCGACUUGUUGUGGUGUUACAAUGACAUACCGGUACAUGCAGUAGUUUUGAUUGAU